UAAUGCCGAUGUCUAUAAACACAACACAAUGCAUUGCACUUAUGUACACAUGAUCGUAUAUGAUUCAGAUGCAGUUCACACUCCCCAUGUUUCCUCCUCAAGCUAUGAAAUCCACCAUGAAAUCAUCGCCGGACUUUAUUCCGGCACCAAGCUCCACUCAACUGGCCGCUUUCUCUCUCGUCUCCCUAUCACUCCUCUUUAUAGGUUUACUCUUCUCUGAUUCCUUCCUCCAAAACAUGCAACCUGAUUUCUCUCCUUCCACCAAUGCCUCCCCAACAAUUCCACCUUCUCAGUCGCGGCUACCGCCACCACAACCAGUAGCCAUCGAGAGGAUGGGAAUUAUAGAUGAGUACGGGGUAAUGACGUCCGAUUUCGUUGUGGGGGAAUUCGAAGAGCUACUGCUGGAGAAGGGUGAGAGUGAAAAACCCAAGAGAGAUUGGGAGGAGCAGAGGAAGCCGAGGGUGAUGAAGGUUGGAAAAUACAGAGUGUGCGAUUGGAGGAUGGUGAAUUACAUUCCCUGUUUAGAUUAUGAGAAAGGAGGAAUGAAGGAAUGGCGGCACUGCCCUGAAGCAAAGGAGAGCUUGAACUGCGUGGUGCCGAGACCGGAAGGUUACAAGCUACGAAUCCCUUGGCCCCAAAGUAGGAAUGAGAUAUGGGCAAGUAAUGUAGCAAAUACAAGCAUGCUUGAAGAGAAGUUCACAUUCCCUUUCCAUGAAGAAGAAACUCAGUAUUUUGACCAGAUCUCUAAGGUGGUGCCUAGAAUCGCUUUUGGCCUGAGGACUCGAGUAGCCUUAGAUAUCGGGAGUGUUGGAAUGGCAAGUUUUGGUUUAUACAUGCUCGACCAUAAUGUCACCACUUUGACAAUCGCUCCAAAAGAUGGCAAUGAUACACACUAUAUUCAAUUUGCUUUGGAACGAGGACUGCCUGCUAUGGUGGUUCCACUUUCUACGCAGUAUCGUUUUCAGUUUCCUAGCCAAGCAUUUGACCUUAUACAUUCUUCGGCUCGCCAUAUUAGUUGGACUCUUGACGAUGGAACUUUGUUACUUGAAGUUAAUAGAAUCCUCAGGGCUGGUGGUUACUUUGUUUGGGCUGCACAACCCACAAAUGAUAACAAUGAAACCUUGGAUCAAUUGAAAGAAAUGGUAGAAUUCACGGAGCUUAUUUGUUGGAAAAUCAUGAAGAAAGAAAACAACAUUAUCAUAUGGCAGAAGCCAUUUAACAAUAGUUGUUACCUUGAUCGUGAUCAGAGCAUACAACCUCCACUAUGCGAUGUUAACGAUGAUCCAGAUAACAGCUGGUAUGUCAAAGUCAAACCAUGUCUUUCUCGCUUACCAGAAAAUGGGUCUGGUUCAAAUAUCAGUUAUUGGCCUGCACGUCUACAUGGGCCACCCGAUAGGCUUAUGAGCAUUAAAAUGGACGCAUACAUUUCUCGAAAAGAUUUACUUAAUGCUGAUUCUAUAUACUGGAACGAUAUUGCAAGUGGGUAUGUUAGUGUUUUCCAUUGGAAGGAUAAUUUGAAAGUGAGGAAUGUGAUGGAUAUGAAGGCUGGUUAUGGAAGUUUUGCAGCAGCAUUAUAUGAUUUGGGGGUCGAUUGUUGGGUUAUGAAUGUUGUCCCUGUUAGUGGCUCAAACACUUUGCCAGUUAUUUAUGACCGUGGGCUUAUUGGAGUUCGCCAUGAUUGGUGUGAGCCAUUUGACACAUACCCAAGAACCUAUGAUAUAUUGAAUGCAGCUGAUCUCUUCUCAAUGGAAGAAAAGAGAUGUGAUAUCACGGAAAUAAUGUUAGAGAUGGACCGUAUUCUAAGACCAGGAGGCCGAGUUUUUAUUCGAGAUACUAUGCCCAUAAUCAAAGAGCUCACAGAAAUAGCAAACGCUAUUGGAUGGGUGGUUAUGGAGUUCGAAACUGGAGACGGUCCUCAUGGAAGGUGGAAGCUUUUGUUCUGCGAAAAGAGAUUGUGA